GCUAGUGUCUUACAGGACGCUAGCCUCGCGCCGCCGAGCCGCCACCAAACGCGAACAUACUGCACAAACGGAGCGUUAAGAGUGCGCACUCUGCUGCUGCAAGCGCUCUCCUGCACCAUUACUGCACUCUACGCAUCGCUGUCGAGCGCUACCAUGCGCAGCCACCACGCGACGCUGUUGGUCAUCGCUGCCGCAGCAGCCCUGACGCCGCUGCCGCCGGGCAUAAAUGCCUACGAGGUCGCGGCCGGCACGAGAAAUCGACCCGCCGAAGCGCUGGCGCCGGUCGCAUUACGGGCCAUCGCUGCGGCCCGCGAAGCCAACGUGAAGCUGGGAGAGAUUGAGUUUCCUGCGUUACUUGGCGAGAAGACGGCAUUUGACGACGUCGACAACGUGCACAUCUGUGUGGAAAUCAACAAGUGCGUCGGGUGCCAUCGAUGGCGUGGAGGACGACGCGAUGAUUCAGCACGAACGCGCCGUAAAAUUUUGAUUUCCACACAGGUGCAAAUCCUCAACUGGAAUCGGGACUGGUGCAUGGCGUCGAUGCAGCCGCUCGCGGGCGAGCUCGACGGCGAGCUGUGGCUCGCGUUCCCCGACCGCAAGGAGCUGGAGCUCGCGCGGGAGGAGUGGCCCGGCGCCGCGUACGCCAAGGCGACGCUCACGACGCUCGAAGACGCCGCCGAGGUCCUGAGCGGGUCGUCGGACCAGGCGUGGGGCGCGGCGUUCGCGCGCGCGGCGGAGGGGCUCCUCGGGACGUCGAACCUCGGCGCAAAACCGGAGACCACGACGGCGCCGGCGCCCCAGGUCGUCGUCGCGGUCCAGCCCGGCGACGGAGGCCCGCUCGAGGACUGGUUGAAUCUGGAGCGCUGCCAACCGAGCGACGGGUUGCUGGUGUCGGUCAACGGCGCGUUCGACAAACUGCGGGGCGGCUUCUACCCGCGCCCUUUAUUUCCGAAGCUCGCGGAGUGCGUCGACCGCUUCGUCGUCGACGCCGAGGCGCUCGUGGUGCUGAAAAACGUCGCCGACAAGGGGCGGGCAGGAUGGUUGUUUCGCGUCUACCCGGAGCCGUGGCAGCUCUUCGCGCAGGGCAAGGAGGCGUCUUUGCUCUUGGAGACGUAUACGACGAGACCCGCGUACAACGACUGCGUCGCGACGCUGCUGAAGGCGGGACCUGUGGUGGCGUAAUUAAUACUGUUGAAUUGC